AUGUCGAACCCAACCCCACCUCCGAUCUUUCCAGUCUCUACCACCUCUGAUCUUUCCGGUCUCAACCACCUCCACAACCACCGCAACCUCAGUCGGCUCCGCCCAAUCCCAAGCCCCGAUCGCCACCCUAGCCUUCCACACCUUCCUCAACCACAUCUCGGAAAAUCUCCGCAAAGGCCUCUCCCAGCGCCGCCUGUGGUCGGAGCUCUUUGA